UUUUUUCAGGCAAAAUGGAAACUAUGCAAGAUGGGUGGGAUCAUAAACUGUCCUCCAGUGGUAGAUGCCAUCAGGAAUUGUAAUUGGUUUUAAUUGUUCAAGUGUUCCUCGCAACCAUAACUUUCCCCCAGAGCAGAGAGGUCAGAGCAGCCGCACUACAGAGAGAACAAAAAAGACUGGUUACAAUGGAAGUAAAGGUGUCAGUGGAUGGUGUCCCACGUGUGGUCUGUGGCGUUACAGAGUACACAACAUGCCAAGAAGUGGUCAUAGCGUUGGCUCAAGCCCUGGGUCAACCUGGACGCUACACGUUACAGGAGAAAUUUAAAGACUUUCAGCGGUGCAUGACGCCCAAUGAAUGCCUUCUGGAGACUCUUAAGAAGUACGGUGAGCAGGCCAGGGAGGUCCAACUCACGCUACUCCACAAGGGACCCUCAGCCUGGGAUGAAAUGAGCAGGACAAAAGUUGGCAGAUACCAGCCCUGCCCGCCAUUGAGAAGAAAAGAUGCAGGUACCAGAAUGCGGCGGGGCAGUGGUUCACUAAGUUUGCAUCGUCAAAGCUUGCCACCUCUGUCCUGUUUAAAACAAGAGGCUGAGCAGCAAAAAGAGGACCUGAAAAGACCCAAAAGAAAGUCUCUGACACUCAUGGAGGAAGCUUGGGAAUGGCUGGAGAGUCUUGGUAAAGGCAAGGUCUAUAGUACUGCCUGUGAUAAGGAAAGCAAUAAGAGGACCGAUAAAAGGAAUCGUACCUCUCUGGAUGUUUCUCUCACUGUUGACAACUCAGGUCAAAGUAGUAGAAGCAAAGUCAGAGGUCAAAAAAGUUUAAAGUCAGACUUGGAUCAUCAAACAUCCUGCUGCAUGGGAAGUCAGACGAUGGGUAGAGAAAGCAAGCACUCCAAAAAAUGUCAAGAGGAAAAAUCUGAUGACGUGUCCAGUUCAGGCUGUGCUACAACUGAAGAUGAGAAAAAUAGCCUAACAGAAACCAUAAUAUGUCAACUCAGUUGUUUGCAGGAUUUACAGGUCCAGAUAGCACGCACAGACAAACAGAUUUUUGAUCUUGAGGAAAGACUGAGGGCCAAAAAACCUGAGCAGGAAGCUCAGCAGAGAAUGGUUGAGGAAGAGAUGGAACAGAUCAAGUUUUGGGAGAAUGAAUUAAAGGCAGAGGAAGGUUACGAGAAAGACUUGCAGUGUCAGUUCCUUGAAAUGAGGGUGAAGGCUCUGGAGUGCAAGCGGAAAAUGCAGGGGCACGAAUUCUUCGCUACACAAAACGCUCAAGAGGAUUCUGAGAUGGUUUCAAAAGUUGUUUCAAAUGCUGCCACUAAGAUUUCAGCUGUUUCAACUAAAAACCUAAAUCUGCAACAAUCUGAUCCAGAUGGGAAUGUAAAUAUUAACAGGAAGUCCCUGCCCAGAGAAGACUUAAACCCUCCUCAUGCUCUAGUUCCUACCAACCAGAUAAAGGAGCGACGGCCCACAGGGCCUACUGAACUGAGGGAGUGGUGGACACGUUGGUCUGAAGCCCAAAGCUCUCCAUCACAGACUAAAAAGAAGGUGAUUCACCGCUCUGAGCUCACCAUAUAUCUGGGCAGCACCAAGGUUUAGAAUCCAAUUAAAAGUGAGGUAUGCGAUUCUGAGGAAAUCCAACACCAUCAUACAAAGUAUACAACAACACAGCAAGCAAUGUAACUAACAUUAGCUGUCUUACAUCAGUUGUGGGUUAACUGCUGCCAAACUAAUGUGCAGAGAGGACAAGACGGUCCCAGAGGCAACACAGCAGCUCCAGACAGUGAUACUCACAACUCGCCUGCCACUAUAGCUAUCAUCACAACAGCAUGUUUUGGCAAGCUAGAAAGCAAGCUGAAUGUCCGUGGGCAAGUCAUUUAACGUCACCUGACACACAAAUCAUGGCUGGAAUAGUGUUGUGUGGCUCAGUCCAAACACCAGUUUUGUUUUUUUCUAGCGCGCACACAGAACAGAAAAAAGAUGUGUAUUGUAUUAGAAUCGCAUACCCCACCUUUAACAGAGGUCAUAGAGUCAAAUAUUAUAAAUGCAUAGAUCACCCUGGUUUAUCUGUAUCCAAUCCUUACUGUUCCUAUGUUUGGGAUAGAACAACAAGCACUGUGGUACAUCUAGUUCCACAUUAGCACAGUCAUCUUUUGGUUUAUUCUCAAGUGAGCCCCCUAGUGAUUGAACAGGUUCCUUAUCAGAAGGGAGCCUGUGUGGUCCUCAGCAAGGAAGCAAGGACAAGGGGAUCACAGUUGAAAUCAAAAUAGAACGCCCUUCACAGCAGCAACUGCUUUCAUAAGAAGCAUUUAAGAAUAUUCACAACUUUACAUUUUAAGAUCAAAAUUACAUCUGCAGGUAAGAUCCCUUGCCAUUGUGCCUUGCACAUCCAACCUAGCUGUCCUAGCAGACAGCUUUCAUCCGUCAUUCUGAGGAUUUGGCCCUCAAGUUGAAAACAAUGUACUUACAAAUAUAGUUAUUUAUAUUAUACUGAAUGAAUUGUAUUUUUCACACUGGAACUGUCACUGAGGAUUAAAACAAAUAAUUAGCCCUUAAGAAAUUAUGGAUUACAUCAGACUAAAAGCUUUGACUGAGCUUCAUCUCUGGUGAAUUUGUAAAUUGUAUCUUCUGCUAAGAAGCACUAGUUGUUUUUCCUCUUUAGAGCACUCAACUAUGCAUAUGCACUAGUGUCUUUUUGUAACAGCUUUUGGCUAGUCUUUAAUAUAGACAGGUUAUUUCUUGCUCUUGAGUGUAACAUUGGUCUACAUAAUUGGUUUUACAGAUACUUUAUGCAGUCUUAAGGCACCAUUUUGUCAAAUAAAAAAAGACGACAAUUUCACAAAACAGCUCAUGAUUUUCAUAAAAUUUUAAUUCAAUUGUUUCAUUCAAGACCAUUAACAAAAGUACAUGAGAACCUCUGUACGUGGUUCAACUGAAACGUGGUGAUCUCCAAAGAAAAUUUUUUUGACUGUAACUUAAUGUGCAGAGGCACAACAGCUCACCCACCAUGUCUCCAGAGCACAAUAACUGAUAUCCUGAUUCUUAAUGCUUCUUUAAAGUGAAUUUCUAUUACUUUACCUUUCUCCUUCUUCGAGUUAAAUUUGUUAUCUGAAAUUUGAACUUUCACUAAGGAAAAAAAAAUAAAAAAAAGCACACAUUACAUACAGUAUAGUUCAACCCACAGGUUUGGGAUGCAUAUCAGUAUUAUUUCUACUAGAAAAGAAAGCCACCCUAAGAUUGUUCUGAAUAUUUUGAUGGUUGGCUGGGAACAGAGGAUACAUCUAAUUUUUUCUUUAGUUUUUUUUAUUUUUAUUUUGCUUGUAGUUUUUAGGCACCUUAUUCUUACUUAAUUCAAUAUUAGCAGAUUGAGUUUCAAUGGAAAAAAGCAAAAAUAUUUGAGAGA